UGUCGUUUAUGUAAUUGUGAAAUACAGAAGUUGAACGUUUGAAUAAGGCGGGUUACGGGGUUAUUGCCAUUAGUGAAUAUGCCGCAUGCGCAUUUGAUCGAAGUGAGCACUUUGAGAAAAGCAGAGAAAACCUGUGGCCUGGCCUAGCAUUCUGUGAUCGGUGUUCUGCUUUGGUAAACGACAGAGUUGGAUGGUGUUAGACACUAUGGACAACGAAAACUCAGUUAGUGAUGAAAAUAACGGCUCUAGCAACAAAACCAGCUCAUCAUCACACAUGAAUGGUGUGAGUAAUGGUUAUUCAGAUAACCACAAGAGCCACAAAUCUGAUCAUAAAGACAAACAUAGGGACAGAGAUAAAGAUAAAAAUGGGAGCAAAUCUCAUAAAAGUUCAAGCCGUGAUAAAGAUAGGCAUAGUGUGAGCUCAAAAGACAAGGAUCGUCAUAGCUCAUCUCACAAGUCCUCUAGCCGAGAUAAAGAUAGGAGUAGAGAUCAUCAUAAGUCUAGUAGCAGCUCAUCAAGAGAUAAAGAUAAAGAAAGGGAUAAAGAUCGUGACAGGGAUCACAAGAGCUCUAGAGAUAAAGAACAUAAAUCCAGUUCAAGGGAUAAAGAUAGAGAUAAAGAUCGUCAUAGACACAGUUCAUCAAAGGAUAAACAUAAGGAUAAGCACAGAGAGAAGGACAGGGAUAAGCAUUCUAGUUCUCGUGAUAAAGAUAGAAAAGAUAAAGAAAAAUCUUAUGCUCAUCCAAUAAAGGAAGAAGAAGAGGAAAUUAUUAAAAAGGAACCUGAAUAUGAAUUCAAUAGAGAGGACUCUGUUGAUGAUGAUGACCAAAAAUUAGUUAUAAAAGAAGAAAAUGACUAUCAAAUGAAAGAAGAAAAUGAUGAGGACAUCUAUGAAAAGGAUCCGAACAUUUCAGCUGCCAGCAGCUGUGAUUAUAAUUUGUCUCAAUUCAAAGAUGAACCUAAAUUGGAGGAAAGUGUUGGAGAUGAAGAAAGUGAAGAAGAUAUUCCCUUGAUCAAGCCAGUUGUCCACAAACACAAACUGUCUGCACGACUUGAAUCAUCUAAAAGGAAAAUUGAAUCUGAGGAAGAUGAUGAUGAUGAUGUGCCACUCACCUCAAGGAAGAAGGUGAAGAAAGAAAAAAGUAAAAAGCGAAAAAAUUAUAAUUCAGAUGAUGAUGAAGAAGAGAAAAGUUAUAAGGUCAAGAAGGAAAAGAAGGUAAAAAGAGAAGUCAAACAGGAGACGACUUCCACUAAGAAGAAGAAAAAGGAAGAAGAAGAACAUGUUUGGAAAUGGUGGGAAGAGGAGAAGAAAGAUGAUGGAACAAAGUGGAAAUUUUUGGAACACAGAGGUCCUAUGUUUGCACCACCAUAUGAAAAAUUACCAUCGAAUAUAAAAUUCUUCUAUGAUGGUAAAGAAAUGCGUUUGAGUGAGGAGGCUGAAGAAGUUGCUGGAUUUUAUGCUCGAAUGUUGGAUCAUGACUAUACAACAAAAGAUAUUUUCAACAAAAACUUCUUUGGAGAUUGGAGAAAAUGUAUGACAGAAAAGGAGCAAUCUAAAAUUGUAGAUUUAUCAAAGUGCAAUUUUAAGCAAAUGCAAGCAUACUUUUUGGAAUUGUCUGAAAAAAAUAGAAAUCGCACAAAAGAAGAAAAGCUUGCCCUUAAGGAAAAAAAUGAAGAAAUCGUUAAGGAAUAUGGAUUUUGUAAAAUUGAUGGUCAUAAAGAGAAAAUAGGCAAUUUCAGGAUUGAACCUCCUGGAUUAUUCAGAGGUCGUGGAGAACAUCCGAAAAUGGGCAAAUUAAAGAAACGUGUCAAACCAGAGCACGUUUCAAUUAACUGCAGUCAAGACUCUGAAAUUCCAAAACCACCAGCAGGUCACAGAUGGAAAGAUGUAAGACAUGAUCCAACAGUAACCUGGUUAGCAUCAUGGACUGAAAAUGUUCAAGGACAGGUCAAAUAUGUUAUGUUAAAUGCUAGUUCUAAAUUGAAAGGAGAGAAAGAUUGGCAGAAAUAUGAGACUGCAAGAAAGCUUCAUAGGUGCAUAGAUAAGAUUCGAACCACUUAUAAAGACGAAUGGAAGUCGAAGGAAAUGAGAAUUAGGCAGAGAGCUGUCGCUUUGUAUUUCAUUGAUAAACUCGCUCUUAGGGCAGGUAAUGAAAAAGACGAAGAUCAAGCCGAUACAGUUGGUUGUUGCUCAUUGCGAGUUGAGCAUAUUCAACUUCACGAAGAGAAGGACGAUAAAGAAUACGUAGUUGUAUUCGACUUUCUCGGAAAAGAUUCUAUUAGAUAUUAUAACGAAGUACCUGUUGAGAAGCGUGUAUUUAAAAACUUGCAAUUAUUUAUGGAAAACAAGAAGGGAAGCGACGACUUGUUUGACAGAUUAAAUACUUCCGUAAUGAAUAAGCAUCUUAAUGAACUUAUGGAAGGACUUACCGCUAAGGUAUUCCGUACUUACAACGCUUCAUUUACUCUACAGCAACAAUUAGAUGAAUUAACAAAUGCCGAUGAUAAUGAGGCAGAGAAGAUUUUGUCAUACAAUAGAGCUAACAGGGCCGUAGCUGUCUUAUGUAACCAUCAACGGGCUGUACCAAAAACACACGAAAAGUCUAUGGAAAAACUCAAAGAAAAAAUAGACGCUAAGAGAGAAGCCAUACGAGAAGCGGAACGUGGUAUGAAAGAGGCCAAAAGAGAUGCAAAGAAUAGCGUCAAAGAAAAACAGAUUUAUGAAAAGAAAAAACUUCAGGUGAAGAGGCUUAAUGAUCAGUUAGGAAAAUUACAAAUCCAAGAAACCGAUCGGGAUGAAAACAAAACCAUAGCACUGGGUACGUCAAAGUUGAAUUAUUUAGAUCCACGUAUUUCGGUUGCGUGGUGUAAGAAGUUUAAUGUGGCAAUUGAAAAAAUCUAUAAUAAAACUCAAAGAGACAAAUUCCGUUGGGCCAUAGAUAUGGCUGGUCCCGAGUUUGUAUUUUAAUAAUUAAUUUUUAAAUUACGAUUGCAAUGGAUUAAGAAAUUUUAUAUUUUAACAAACAAAAAAUAAAAUGAAAAGGAGCAAGUAGAAUUAUUUCGCUGUAGAAGAAUAUUGAAAUCAUUUUCAAUUGCGGUUAUCCUUUUAAUUUGUACUAUAGAUUUUAUAAGUUUGAUUUUUAUUUGAUUAGGAAAUGUGUAAGGAGUUUUCACCAUUUUGCAGUUAAUAAAUGAAUAGUAAUUAA